CCGGACGCUCCUGCACAUACAGCUCCCUCGCCAUGAAGCCGAUGCUCGUCCUGCUCCUCGCCGCCUGCGCCGCCGCCAGCUACGUGGCCCCAGUGCACCACCCGCACGUGGGCGGCCCCGUGGUCGUGCGCGCCCCCUCCCACGACUCCGCGAUCAUCCAGAGCCAUCGUCUGGGCGGCAACUUCGCCUACUCCACCCACGAGGCUCACGCCCACGCCGUGAUCAACCCGAUCGUCGCCCACCGUCAGGUUCCCGUGGGCGUGUCCUUCCACCCGGGUCAGCCCAUCGUGCACUCCGAGACCGACUACGUGUCCACGUACGUCCCUCGCUAUGGCUACUCUCAGCCCCUCGUCGCUCGCAGCCACUACUAGGGGGCGAGGGAGAGGGCCAAGAUAUGGCUGGUGCAACAAGUGCCACCUUUUCUUGCUUUCUCAAUUACUGACUGAUUCUCUUUAUUUUUUCUUCAAUCUUCCCUCUUGUCCUCGUUCCGUGCCUUCUGUCUCCACCUGUGAGUUUUCACUUCGUUUCCUCCUGGUCGUUGAACGUGAAGUUCCCGGCUUGGCGACAGAGCCCUUCAGGGUUGGUCGCCCUGCCUUGUACAGCAGAGGUGU